GGCUUGCUGGUGAUGGAGGGUGUCUCUUCUUCCCCUUCACCCUUCUCUGCCGGUUCCCCCACCGUGCAGUCUGAGAACGCCACUGCCCAUGACUACUACUCCGGCCUCCAGAAGAGCAUGCACAUCCUCUCCAUGGUGGUAUACAGCAUCGCCUGUUUGCUGGGGGUGACAGGGAACGGCCUCGUCAUCUGGAUUGCAGGCUUCAAGAUGAAGAAGACGGUGAACUCCGUCUGGUUCCUCAACUUGGCCAUUGCCGACUUCAUCUUCACCUUUUUCCUGCCUCUCAGCAUCGCCUACACCGCCCUGGGCUUCCACUGGCCGUUUGGCAAGCUCCUGUGCAAGCUGAACAGCACCAUCGCGUUCCUCAACAUGUUCGCCAGCGUCUUCCUCCUGACAGUCAUCAGCAUGGACCGCUGCGUUUCUGUGGCCUUUCCCAUCUGGUCUCACAACCACAGGAGUCCGGAGCUGGCGGCCAGGAUCGCACUGGGGACGUGGGUCCUGGCUCUCCUCCUCAGCUCCCCGUACCUCGUCUUUCGGGACACUGCGGUCAGUUCCAGGAACAUCACCAGCUGCUAUAAUAAUUUUGCACUGUCCGAUGACUACACGUCCGAGGCAACGCGGAGGCUGUGGAGGAUGCGGCAUAAAGCGAUGAUCAUAACGCGAUUCUUAUGCGGGUUCCUCAUCCCUUUCACGGUGAUUCUCAUCUGCUACAGCAUCGUUGCUGUCAAGCUGAAAAGACGGCAGUUAGCCAACUCUGCGAAGCCAUACAGAAUUAUCAUUGCUGUCACAGCCUCGUUUUUCCUCUGUUAUUUCCCCUAUCACGUCUUCUCCUUGCUGGAAAUAUCCAAAAACUCUUCCAGUCAUGAGAUGAAAAUGGCCCUUUACAUAGGGAUCCCCUUGGUUUCCAGCCUUGCCUUCUUCAACAGCUGCAUCAACCCCAUCCUGUACGUAUUUGUAGGGCCGGAUUUCAAGGAGAAGUUUUGCCAGUCCAUCCUGUCGACCUUCGAAGGGGCCUUCAGCGAGGAGUCGGUCCUGGGCAGCCUGACCAGCAGGCGAAAGUCCAGGUCCGCUUCGGAAGCAGAGGUGCCGAGGGCCUGA